UGCUGUUCUCGCUUCGCAUCCCUGGGCCAUGCCGGCCUUUGAUCCUGAGGUGCAGGCGAAUGCGGUCUGCUGCGUUACCUCCUUUGGUGACCAACUUGGCUGGGCCGUGUUCUAUGAAGACCUGAGGGCUUUCAGGAUUUGCGAGUAUGCGGAGGAUGUGCACAUGUCGAGGACAGAGGCACUUCUUUUGCAGCUGCAGCCGAGACUUUGUUGCCAUCUCCUGAGCGGAGACGCAGCAAGGAAGCUAUGCCGCGUGGCUGAGUCCUGCGGCGUGGAGCAGGCCCAGGCAUCGGAGCCCAAGCAGGUGGACCUCGAGCAGGACCUCCUCAGGCUGUUGGCUGGCACGGAGCAAUGCGGCCUCAGCCGGCACUUGGAGGAGCAGCGGCAAAAGCAGGCUAUGCGGGCCCUCGCCACUCUCAUUGGGCACUUGCAGCUGUUGAACGAGCCGGGCUACUUCAACGCAUGCACACUUGGACUCUACCCUUUGAAGAAUUUUGUUUUCCUGGACAAAGCAGCCUUCUCCGCGCUCAAUGUCCUACCGCGACCAGACGAAAGCCAGAGGUCCAGCACCAACUUGCUGGGCUUGCUCAAUAGGUGCCGAUCACAAAUUGGGCAGAGACGCCUUCGGCAGUGGCUGACGCAGCCACUGACAGAUCCACGAAAGAUCUCGCGGCGGCACGACAUGGUCGAGAUGCUCGUGACCAAUGAGUCUUUCCUGCGGGACUUGGAGGCGCAGCUGCGGCGGGUGCCGGACCUCGAGCGCCUGUCGGCGCGGCUGCACCGCACCGCGGCAGGGUCCAAGUCUCAAGGCGCAUCUCUGGAAGAUCUGGUGUCCUUGUACUACUGCGUGCUUGCGACGGACAAGAUCAUCAAGGCCCUGGAGAGGUACGAGGGGCAGCAUCAAGCGGUGCUGCGGGAGAUGCAGUUGGACCGGUUGAGGUCCAUCAUGGCAGACUUCGGGAACUUUUGCGCCCUUGUGGAACAAACCAUUGACCUGCAACAGGCGGAGUUGAGGAAUUAUUGCAUUAGCACGGCUUUCGACCCUUCCUUGAAGCAGAUGGCCCAGCAGCGUGACAAAGUGCGCGCGCAAAUGGAGACCGUUCGGGCGGAUGUGGACAAGAAGCUGGGCUUGGCCAGCCGUGGCAACGAGAAGCCAGUGUCACUGCAGGAGUGCCCAGACGGCCUGGCGCUGCGCGUCACCAAGAAGCACCAGCAGGUGAUCCAGACCUUCUCGGGCAAGCCGCAGUUGAAGGUGCUGUCCAUCAAGAAGCAAGAGGUGAUGUUCACAACCACUGAUUUGGCCAGGCUGAACAAAGACUUGCAACAGGUUCAUGUGACGACUUCGGCUGGCGAAGGACUUCAGCGCAGCUUUCAUGGCAGGCUGACGACCAAGGCCCUGAAGGUUGCCUCUACCUACAGCUCGGUGGCAGAGCGCUUGGCAGAUGUGGUGGCAGAACUGGAUGUGCUGUGCUCGCUCGCGCGGGUGGCGCUCACGGCGCCAUGCCAGUUCGUGAGGCCCAAGUUGGAUGAGUCAGGCCGGGAAUGCGUCAUUGAUGGAGCAGUGCACUUGCUGGUGGUGGCAAACUCCAAUCAGAGCUUUGUGGCAAACGACCUGUCGAUGCACCGUGACUCGUCGCGAUUGCACCUCAUCACGGGGCCGAACAUGGGCGGCAAAAGCACCUACAUCAGGUCAGUCGCGCUCAUCGCCCUGCUUAAUCAGAUCGGAAGCUUCGUGCCCUGCCUGUGCCCCCA